AUGGACUCAACUACUGUCGCCGUUGAGGUAUCUCGCCAGGAGGAUACCUUCGUCAAGGUAUUCGACGACGACUCCAAGGAGUUCUGGCACGAAACCACCCUUCUCACUUUCAUAAAACUGCUGCAGAGUAGCGGGUACAGCAACCAGGAUAUCGAGAUUCAUAGUAAAUGGUAUACACCUCUUCUUCGUUUAUUACCAUCCUUCUAUCGCUGGGCUCGACUGACGAGAGACUCGACCAGGUACAACCGCUUCAUCAUCCCUGCCCUGGGCGGCCGUCCCCAGCCCGGCAAAAAGCCCCUUUUCAACGCCCGCAUCACGGCCGAUGGCUCCCCCAUGGAGCUGAGCGUCAACUUUAAAGAGACCUCUAACGUCCGCACCGUACGAUUCACCAUUGAGGCCACCGGCCCCGAAGCUGGUACGCCGACCGACCCUUACAAUCAGGAACAGACCACCCGCCUCCUCCACGACAUGACCAAGUCAAUCCCCAGCAUCCAUCUCGGCCAGUACAACACGUUCAUUCGGAGCCUCUUCCUCCCCGCCUCGACCGCCCCUUCCCUCCUUCCCAAAGUUCCCCAUGAAACCCCCCUCUCCCAAGCCUGGGUGGCUUUUGACCUGGCUCACGGGGGAGACAUCAUGGCAAAGGUGUACUUCAUGCCCUUCCUCAAAUGGCUUCACACUGCCUCCUCCCCGUCAGCCGCCGUCUCGACCAAGGACAUCAUCUUCGACAUUGCCCGCCAGUGCGACGGACCCUAUGGCAGUUACAACCACCCCAUCGCUCUGCUUGACUCGUAUCUUUUGCUCCUUCUCUUCGGGGCCGUCCCGGCCAACAGUGGAAAUGGUCGCCAUCAAUUGCAUCGACUCUCCUUCUGCUCGAAUCAAGUGUUAUCUCCGUACCGGCGUGACAACCCUCCAGCAGGCAAAAGAUGCAAUGACGCUUGGGGGGAGGACCGAGACGGAGGAUACCGAGGCCAUGCUGAACCUGCUGGGGGAGCUCUGGAGUGUGUUAUUCCGGCCCAAGAUCGGUGCCGGCGAGGAUAUCGAGACAAAGUCUGUCUUGUUCGAGGGAGCGUACUGUCAUUUGGCGGUGGAGAUGAGGCCUGGCUUCCCUGGCUCGGUCGAGAAAGUUGCAUAUUCCUGUGA